GUGUGUGUUGGGGGGGUGAUGCUAGCUAGCGUUAGCUCACAGCGGCUAAGCUAGCGUUAGCUCCCGUGCUAUGUGUUUAGUUCGCAUUAGCCCGGAGCGCGGGUCGCUCGGUACUGCCUCAGAGCGGCCACGUGACUCUGGUGGACGGCACAACGCGUGCUACCCGGGUGGCGUGUCUGUGCCUCCACUCGGUGCCAGAAGCGGGCUAGCUAGCAGCAUUAGCGGGCUAACGUGUAAACUAAGUUGUCAAUCAGACCGGCACAACGGACACUGUUCUCCAGGUGAAACUAAGUGGACGACAUUAAAAGGCCUCCAUAGGACUUGGAUCUGUUCUUCUCUGUCCCAGGUUCAGACUGCGCGGUCUAUGGCUCUGAUGGACAAACACAAACAAGUCAAGCGGCAGAGACUUGACCGCAUUUGUGAGGGUAUCCGACCCCCCAUCCUGAACGGGCCAAUGCACCCGCGGCCCCUGGUUGCCCUGCUGGACGGGCGCGACUGCACUGUGGAAAUGCCCAUCCUCAAAGAUGUGGCCACAGUGGCCUUCUGCGAUGCCCAGUCCACACAAGAGAUUCAUGAGAAGGUGCUAAAUGAGGCAGUCGCUGCCCUGCUCUACCACACCAUCACUCUGUCCAGAGAUGACUUGGAAAAGUUUAAAGGCCUACGCGUUAUUGUCAGGAUUGGCUCGGGCUUCGACAACGUUGACAUCAAAGCAGCUGCCGAGCUAGGCAUUGCAGUCUGUAACGUGCCAGCAUCUUCUGUGGAGGAGACAGCCGACACAUCGCUAUGUCUGAUCCUCAACCUGUACAGGCGAGUCACAUGGAUGCACCAGGCCCUCAGGGAGGGAACCCGUGCCUCUAGUGUGGAGCAGAUCAGGGAGGUAGCUGGUGGUGCUGCUCGUAUCCGAGGCGAGACGCUGGGCAUUAUCGGUCUAGGACGUGUUGGCCAAGCAGUGGCUCUGCGGGCCAAGGCCUUUGGGUUUGGCGUGAUCUUUUAUGACCCUUACCUGCCUGACGGUGUGGAGCGCUCACUGGGCCUGCAACGCAUGGCCACCCUGCAGGACCUGCUUAUCCACUCUGACUGCGUAUCCCUGCACUGCAGCCUCAACGAGCACAACCACCACCUCAUUAAUGACUUCACCAUCAAACAGAUGCGCCAGGGAGCCUUUCUGGUGAACACGUCAAGAGGCGGUCUGGUUGACGAGAAAGCAUUGGCUCAGGCCCUGAAAGAGGGCCGGAUACGAGGGGCUGCCCUGGACGUCCAUGAGACAGAACCUUUCAGCUUUUCAACAGGCCCUCUGAAGGAUGCCCCCAAUUUAAUCUGUACCCCGCACACAUCCUGGUACAGUGAGCAGGCCUCCGUGGAGGCUCGCGAGGAGGCAGCCAGGGAGGUUCGCCGCGCCAUCACCGGGCGAAUCCCCGACAGUCUGAAGAACUGCGUUAAUAAGGAGUAUCUGAUGGCAGCCUCUCAGUGGCCCAGCAUGGAGGCAGCCACUGUUCAUCCAGAACUUAAUGGAGCCACUUACAGAUUUCCUCCAGGUCUGAUCAAUGUUGCAGCAGCAGGGGGUCUCCCAGGAGCUGGUGCAGGGGUUGAAAGCCUCGUUUCAGGAACCCUGCCACACGGCAUCACCCCUGUCUCCCACCCACCCCACGCCCCUUCCCCUAAUAAGGCCGAAGCAGACAGAGACAUCCCCUCUGACCAAUAGCCCCCCUGCUGCCACCAGCACAUUCCGUCGCCUCUGGAAACCCCCCACCCCACCC